AAAACAAUGAAGAAAAUGUGUAAAAAUACUCUUUAAAGUGACUAAAACCUGAUCGAUAAUCAAUGUGGCUGUCCAGAGGAGACCAAUGCUCGGCCUUAACAGAAUUGGACCUGUCUCUUCGGAAGAUUUUGAUGCUGAAAGCGCUAAAACCCUCAGGAAAGAUGGAGGAAGGAGAGGCGGACUGUUGGAUGUCUUUGGAGCCGUGUUGACCUUCCUAUCUGCGGCCUUCAUCCUCUUCACCUUCCCCCUCACAGCCUGGAUGUGUGCCAAGGUCGUUCAGGAGUAUGAGAGAGCUGUCAUCUUCAGACUGGGCCGCGUUGUUAAAGGACGAGCCAAAGGACCCGGUCUGUUCUGGAUCAUCCCCUGGCUGGACGUCAUCCAGACAGUAGACCUGCGGACCGUCUCCUUCGACGUCCGGCCACAAGAGGUCCUGACUGCAGACGGGGUGCCCUUAAAGGUGGACGCUGUUGUGUUUUACCGCGUGGUGGACCCGUGUCUCUGGGUGACACGUGUUCAAAACGGUUACCAGGCAACACAGACGCUGGCUCAGACCACGCUGAGGGCCGCACUGGGCGCACACACUCUGACAGACGUGCUGACGCAGAGGAGAGGCAUCACAGAGAGGAUGGAGGAGGCGCUGUUGGCUGCGUCCAGACGGUGGGGCGUUAAGGUGGAGCGGGUGGAGCUCAAAGAUCUGACUCUUCCCAUCAGCCUGCAGCGCUGCAUGGCUUCAGAAGCCGAGGCUGCCAGGAAGGCCAGAGCGAAGAUGAUUAUGGCUGAAGGGGAGGUGAAGGCAUCCCGUGCUUUAAAGGAGGCAGCGUCAGGACUUUCUCCCAUCGCUUUCCAGCUCAGAUACCUUCAGUCUUUAUCCUCUUUGGACAGCAGUGCCUCCAUCGUGGUCUUCUCUUUCCCCACUGAACUGCUGGACGGGUUCUUCUCCCAUCAGCUGAUCUCUGCAGGGAGAUAAAAAUGUAGACUGAGCUUAAAACCAAAGGAACAAAAGAACCAAACAAAACUACCUGUGAGUGUCAAAUUCAUUUUAUAUUUUGUUUUAAUUUUGUAAUAAUGUGCU